AUGUUCGCAGCUCUCGGAAAACUUCCAGUAAAUUCCCAAGCAAGGCUCUUGGGAAAAGUGGCGAAUUACAGGCUAGCCUCGACUCUGGUUUUUGUAGAGUCGAGUAAAGAUGGAAAAAUAGCCCAGUCUUCGUUGAGUGCUCUGGCAGCUGCGUCCCAACUACGUAAUCCUGUCACUGCUCUCUUGGCAGGAUCUGCAUCUGGUAAAGCCGCUGAAGAGCUUCAAAAAAACUCUGGAUCGGCUUCAUUAAAACAGAUCUUUGUUGCUCAAGACCAAGCUUACGACCAUUAUUUCGCUGAAAAAGUGACCCCGUUGGCGCUGGAAUUGCUAAAAGAUCCUGAAUACACACACUUCGUGGUAGCUGGCUCUGCCGUGGGGAAAAGCAUUCUUCCUCGCCUGGGAGCUUUAUUAGACUAUCAGCCAAUCUGUGACAUUACCAAGAUCGUGGAUUCAACCACUUUCGUUAGACCAAUUUACGCAGGCAAUGCUCUCGCCACCGUCAAAUGCUCUCAAGACAAGAAACUCAUAAGUGUCAGGGCCUCCUCGUUUCCUGUUACGGCUGGUGAAGCGUCCAAUGCUCCCAUUUCAGAGGCUCCAAAAGUGGGCCAACCUUCAGAUCUAGCAAUCAAGUGGGAAGGUGAAAUGUUGGUGAAAAGUGCUAGACCGGAUUUGGGUUCUGCUUCGAAAGUUGUCUCAGGCGGGCGUGGUUUGAAAAACAAAGAGACCUUUGACAGCCUUGUCACGCCGUUAGCGGACGCUUUGGGCGCUGCCAUUGGUGCUACCAGAGCCGCUGUAGACUCAGGAUUUUGUGACAACUCGUUGCAAAUAGGUCAAACCGGUAAGGUUGUUGCCCCUGACUUGUACAUCGGAUUGGGUAUCUCUGGAGCCAUUCAGCACUUAGCUGGUAUGAAAGACUCAAAAGUCAUUGUCGCAAUCAACAACGACCAAGACGCGCCCAUUUUCCAAACAGCCGAUUACGGUCUAGUCGGAGACCUCAAUGAAAUUGUACCUGAGCUCACCGCGAAACUGAGCCAGGGCAAAUAA